AUGCAGUUUAAUUGCAAAGACUGUUUAGAAAGUAAUUUUAGAAAAGAAUCUAAAAUCAGAGAUGAGUUUGAAACUAUGUGUAUUGAAUAUAUCACAAAAAAGCUGACGCGAAUUUUUGGUGACAACAACAAACUACAACGUGAACUCAACAUGAAGUUCGAGAUCGGAUGCGCUUUGUUAUUCUAUCAAGGCGGCAAAGCCUAUUACAGUUGCUUCACAAACAGCACGAAAUACGACGUGAAUGACGUCAGCGUCAGCGUCAACAACAACAACAAUUACAUCAACAACAACAACAAUUACAUUAACAACAACAACAAUUACAUCAACAACAACAACAAUUACAUUAACAACAACAACAAUUACAUCAACAACAACAACAAUUACAUUAACAACAACAACAAUUACAUCAACAACAACAACAAUUACAUUAACAACAACAACAAUUACAUCAACAACAACAACAAUUACAUCAACAAUAACAAUUACAUCAACAACAACAACAAUUACAUCAACAAUAACAAUUACAUCAACAACAACAAUAUUACACGAUAUUUUAAUUUAUUCUUUAUUUUAAAAAGUGUAAAACAAUUUUUUGUUUUAACAGUUUUUAACAGAAAUGUUAGCAUGAGGGAAUGUUUCCGUCAGCUGAAGCGUGAGGAUGAAGUGGAUUUUUGUUACUUUUCAUGA